AUGUUCAAUAAAAAGAAGACAGAUGAGGAGUUUAAAAAAAGAUUUCAAAAACAGAUGUACUUGGCUAAAGAAUCCCCUGAGCCAAUAUAUGAUUUAUCAUCUUGCAACUUAUCAGAAUCGCUUUUCCUCCAAUGUAACAAUAUAAAAUUAUUGAAAGCUGUCGAUUUGAAAGAUCUUUAUCUAUUAAAGGUAUUAGAUCUACAUUCAAAUGCACUGAAGACAAUCCCACACGAGAUAGCGUGGUUGAAAAACCUUAAGGUGCUCAAUUUGGAAGACAACAAAAUUUCUUUGCUCCCUUCCACGUUUGAUCAACUAAUCUCGUUGCAGUUUCUCAAUUUGAAGAAAAAUGCAUUUUCAACCUUUCCACCACUUCUAACCAAACUACCAUCGCUGUUAUCCCUGGAUGUGUCGAUGAAUAGGAUCACCACACUGCCUAAAGAGGUGUCUUUUUUGAGGAAACUCACGGAACUCGUCCUCGAUGUCAAUCACAUGGCCUACCCUGAUAAAAGCAUAUGUAGUGAGGGCCUCCCAUCUAUCAUGAAAUUUCUCUGCAAAGAAUGCAACCUACAAUACGUCCCACCCGAGGUGGACGCGGCACCAUCGUCGUCAUCGCCGUCAUCGUUGAUAUUAUCGUCCAUUCCUCACGUCAUGACGAUCUCCUUGCCAACUUCACCGAUGUCAGCCUCCUACAAUAGCACUAAUUUCAUCUUCAAUGCCUUCUCACACAGUGACUCUGCCCUCAAUUUAACGUUGCAAGAGUACGAGAAUGCGAAGGAGUUGAAGCGGCAAGAAAGAGUGGCCCUGGAGAAGAGACUGGAUGACGACUACAGACAGCAGGCAGUCCUCACUGCCCAAGCCUCCGCCAACAAGAAACAACUACUCAACUAUCUCAACGAGGUCGAAGAAAACACGAGAUACAAUGAGGAUAUGCAGAAUGUGCACGUGAGGAAGCACCUAGAGCGUAGCAAACUUAUUGAAUCUCUGAGGACAGAAUCUUUCGACAAAAUGUUGGAUCACUCUGACAUCUUGGGCCUCAUGAUUAAAAGGUACAUGGAAGAAAGAAAGGUUGACAUUGAAAAAUCUCUCAAUGAAUGGAAUGAGUAUUCGGAACAAGUGGAGUUGGCAUUGAAGUCGAAGCAGGAGCAGAAACUACUCUUCCUCGAUAAAUUGCUCAAAGAAGAACAGACGCAGAGAGACGCGUACGAGAUGUUGCAGGUUGAGAGGGACGUCUGCCACAACCGCAUCCUAACCCAGAUCCACCUAGUCGAGAUGGAGAACAGAUGUCAAUCGAUACAGGCAGAUUAUUGGCUGGUUCAAUAUCAGAGGCUCCUCGAUUCCAAAGCGGAAAUUGAUCUGGAUGCCCAGAUUGACCUUGACGUCGUUGACCUCUUGAAGGUCACGGACACAACGGAGUACAUACCGAUCUUCGCCAGGAAGCAGGUUACGAUGGCGACGAUGAUGAGCGACUCCACGGACGAUCGAACUCUCAGACAGUUAGGGGUUUCAAAUGAAGGCGCUCGAAACAAAAUUCUCCAAAAAGUGGCUUGGAUGAGAAAUAACGUUGACCAGUCAAAAUGGUCGCAGACACCACAGUCACCGACGCCAACAGCGCCGCUACCUUCGCCGUGGCUGGACGCCACGAAAACGUCGACUGAACUUCCAUUCGCUGCCACAGCCGCCACUCCACUACCUUCUGUCCCAGUGCCCCAGCUCAGAUCCGAAUGCGUCGUCUGCCUGGAAAGGACCUCCGAUGUAUUGUUUCUGAACUGCGGGCACAUAUGUACGUGUUUGAAGUGUUCGCAGAUCUUAACAACGUGUCCAAUGGAUCGAAGUUCUAUACAGAAGAAGAUACAGAUAUUCUAUUAAAUCAUUUAAUUAUUUAUUAAUCUAUUUUAUUAAUUCAUUUAACUAUAUAUUAAUCUAUUUUUCCAAUUUUAUUAUAUAUAUAUAUAUUGUAUCUAAUUGAUAUAUGAUAUUCCUUUUUAUCACUGUUGUUGUGUGUAUUUUUUAAUCUUCACAACACUCUUCACGUAGGAUAGUGUAUCUUUUAAAUGAUAUAUAUAUAUAAUCACAUCUGUGUCUAUCUUUCAAUAUAUUUCUGCAUCUGUGCAUUAAGCCUAUCUUUAUUUUU